GCCGAUUUUACCCAACUCGUCGACGCGCCCUCGGGUACGUCUCGCCGACAGGGAUUUAGAUUGCUCGCAGCGACGUGACGCAGCCUCAGGAUAAAUUAAUCCACGCCAGCCAGGGGUGGGUGGUGGGAGUGGGAGCGAGAGAGAGGGGGGGGGGAAACGGCGGCGCAGACAACUUCGAGACGCGGCUGGCUGAGCGCAACUUGCGUUGGCGAAAGCCGCAUGCGCUGCCUAUUGGCUGCGAUACCCGGGCCGCGGGAUUCCAGAACCUCGCUUGACAUGUUUCAGUCGUCUGCUCCCGCGCGCAUCGCGAUCGGAUGAUGGCUCAGGGGGGCCCACGAUGCGACAAAGGCGCCGCUCGUCGGCGUGUGAUGGACAGGCGGGCGGGCGCGGCACGGGCGGGUCGACGCCGACGCCUCCUCUUCGUCACACCCUGGCCCUCUGCACCUGGCGAUUCACGGCUCGACCGGUGGGCUCGUACCUUGCCCCUCUAUAUCGCCCUCGUAUGAUAUUGCUGCGUCUUCCGUCGACGGCGCCUGGGCGGGGUAUGUAGCACCAGCGGCGUAGCCGGUGUGAUCGUCUUGCCGUAUCGACCGGUCUCUUGCAUGAUAACUCGAGCGAGGUUGGCGUCCCGAUUGGCGUCGUUAGGCUUCUGCUGGCUGUUUUCCGACGACCCGAGUGCGCGCGCCAGGUUGGGAGCGCCUGGCGUCCGGGACCGACUGCGAUGCCGCGAUGCAAUGUUGCUGGGGCAGUCUCACAAUCUGCCAUUCGCGCCGAAUACGGCCCACGGCGCCACUCGAGCGACCCCAGCAUUGACAACAAGACGGCAAAGUGUUGCGCAGCCGCUCAUCGAGAGCGACUGCAUUACGCCACCUCUCUCGCUCCUGGGGCCUCAACCCAUGCGUGCUCGCUCUCGCGUGGAGGAGGCGUCAUUUCGCUCGAGAAGACGACGAGGGGCUCGUCGACCGGGUUCGACGGCGGCUAGUGCCGGCAAGCGAAAGUGCGGAGGCUCUCUAAAAAGCCGGCACAAGUCCGAAGCAGGGUGGUUCAGGAGGCUGUCGGCGGGUCUCCGGAGCUGGUCUGCUGGAGGGUGGAUUAGAGUGAGAUGGGUCAUCAACGGGAGCAUGGAGCUGAUGCUUGUAUGUAUACCCAUACGUCUCACGACUUGAACUACCGUCCCCGGCCAAGAAUCUGCCUUCUGGGCCGAGGUCUGACGCAUUCUUCACGCUUCCCGGCGAGCGAAGCAGUGCCA